CUAACUUAAAAAUGAGUGAGGAUGUCGUUCACUACCAGAACCAGAGAUCAUCAUCUCCGGACCCCAGCUGUGUGUCUAAUGAAGAGUGAGGAAUCCAUAGGGCAGCCUCCUAAUCUGUGUGAUGGAGUUGUGACCUUUAACCCAAGAGAUGAUAAGACAAGAGAGCUGUUGCAAGAUUUUCUUGAACCAGAUGAUGUACCGAGAGUCAAAGACCAUCACAAAACCAGAAUGAAGGACAAGUAUGAGAACUUAGUCGAGGGAAACAAAUUACAAGAGACUCGAACCCUCCUGAACAGGAUCUACACACAACUCUACAUCAUUGAGGGAGAGUGUGAAGGAGUGAAUGAAGAACAUGAGGUUUUACAGAUGGAGAAAACAGCCAGAACACAACACUCACAAGACACUCCAAUCUACUGCAAUGACAUCUUUAAAGCCUCCGCUGAAGCAGGAUCAGAGGAGAAAGAGCAGAUCAAGACUGUUCUAACUAAAGGCAUCGCUGGAAUCAGAAAAACCGUCUCUGUGCAGAAGUUCAUUCUGGACUGGGCCGAGGGAAAAGCCAAUCAGGAUGUAGAUUUCAUGUUUGUGCUUCCAUUUCGAGAGCUGAACUUGAUCAGAGAUCAUCAGUACAGUCUUCACAGACUUCUGCUGGACUUUCAUCCUGAACUUCAAGAUCUGGACUCACAGAUUUAUGAGGAGUGUAAAGUUGUGUUCAUCUUUGAUGGUCUGGAUGAAAGCAGAAUCACACUGAUGUUUUCAGACGCUCAGAAAGUUUGUGAUGUGACUGAGACUUCAUCAGUGGCUGUGUUGAUGUCAAAGCUCAUGAAAGGAGAGCUGCUUCCCUCUGCUCUCAUCUGGAUCACCUCCAGACCAGCAGCAGCCAAUCAGAUCCCCUCCGAAUACAUCCACCGUCUGACAGAGAUUCAGGGAUUCACUGAGCCUCAGAAGGAGGAAUAUUUCAGGAAGAGGAUCAGUGAUGAGCAUCAAGCCAGCAGAAUCAUCUCACACAUCAGAAAAACAAGAAGCCUCCACAUCAUGUGCCACAUCCCCGUCUUCUGCUGGAUCUCAUCCACUGUGCUUCAGAAGCUCCUGGAAGAAGAUCUGAGAGCAGAAAUCCCUCAAACUCUGACUGAAAUGUACAUCCACUUCCUGCUGAUUCAGAUCAACAUGAGGAAGCAGAAGUAUGAAGAAAGAAAUCCAGAGAAACUCCUGAAGUUCAACAGAGAAGUGAUUGUAAAACUUGCUGAAGUGGCUUUCAAACAGCUGAUGAAGGGCAAUGUGAUGUUCUAUGAGGAGGACCUGAUUGAGAGCGGCAUAGACGUCACUGACGCCUCAGUGUAUUCUGGGAUUUGCACAGAGAUCUUUAAGGAGGAAUCUAUUAUUAAUCAGAGGAAAGUCUAUAGCUUCAUACAUCUGAGCUUUCAGGAGUUUCUGGCUGCUUUCUAUGUGUUCUACUCAUAUGUAGUAAAGAACCAUGAAUUUCUAAAAUUGUGGGCUGAAAAUUAUAAAUAUGAUCAUGAAUGUGGAUAUAAUAAGCAGUUGUUUGAAUUAUCUCUGUAUGGGUUACUAAUAACAGCAGUUGAUCAAACACUUCUGGGUGAAAAUGGGCACUUGGAUCUUUUUUUGAGGUUCCUGCUGGGUAUUUCAUUGGAGUCCAAUCAAAAACUCUUACGCGAUCUACUGACAGACACAGAAAACAGCUCAGAGACCAUCAGAGAAACCACACAGUACAUUAAAGAUGAAAUCAAGACAAAUGACAGUCUCUCCGCUGACAGAUCCAUUAAUUUGUUUCUCUGUCUGCUGGAAGUGAAAGAUCAGACUCUGUACCAAGAGAUUCAGGACUUUGUGAAAUCAGAAAAACACUCAGAGAAGAAACUGUCUCCAGCUCACUGCUCAGCAAUAGCCUACAUGCUUCAGAUGUCAGAUGAGGUGCUGGAUGAGAUUGAUCUUAUGAAAUACAACACGUCAGAUGAGGGAAGAAGGAGACUGAUACCAGCAGUGAAAAACUGCAGAAAAGCUCUACUUGCUGGAUGUGGUCUCUCUGGUCAGCAUUGUGAAAGUUUGUCUUCAGCACUCCAACCAUCAAACUCCUGUUUGAGAGAGAUUGACCUCAGUAACAAUGACUUACAGGAUUCAGGAGUGAGGCUACUCUCUGCUGCGCUGAAGAGUUUACACUGUCAACUGAACAUACUGAGGCUUACUGGAUGUGGUCUCUCUGAUCGACACUGUGAAUGCUUGUCUUCAGUUCUACAAUCAUCAAAUUCCAGUCUGAUAGAGCUGGAUCUGAGUAAUAAUGAUCUGCAGGAUUCAGGAGUGAAGAUGCUUUCUGCUGGAUUGAAGAGUUCACACUGUCAACUGAACAUUCUGAGAUUGGUCGUCUGUAAUCUCACUGGUAAGUGCUGUGAAAGUUUGUCUUCAGUUCUACAAUCAUCAAACUCUUGUCUGAGAGAUCUCGACCUCAGUAACAAUGACCUGCAAGAUUCUGGAGUAAAGCUGCUCUCUGCUGGAUUGAGGAGUUCAUAUUGUCAACUAAACAUACUGAGGCUGUCUGGCUGUAUGGUGACAGAGGAAGGAUGUGGUUGUUUGUCUUCAGCCCUGACUUCAAACCCCUCAAACAUGAGAGAACUGGAUCUGAGCUACAAUCACCCAGGAGAGUCAGGAGUCAAGCUGCUGUCUGAGAUACUCAGCCAUCCAAACUGCACACUAGACAAACUCAAUGUGGAUCAUGGAGGAGAUUUCAGGAUUACAGCAGGACUACACAAAUAUGCCUGUGAUCUCACACUGGAUCUAAACACAGCAAACAUUCAUCUUAUUGUUUCCGAGGAUAACAAAAAGGUGAUACAUGUGAAAGAGAAUAAGUUAUAUUCUGAUCAUCCAGAGAGAUUUGAUGAGUGUAGUCAGUUUCUUUGUCGAGAGAGCCUGUCUGGACGAUGUUACUGGGAGGCUGAAUGGAGUGGACAUGAUGCUGAUAUGUCAGUCACAUAUAAAUGUAUUAGCAGGAAAGGAGGGAGUGAUGAUUGUUGGUUUGGAUCCAAUACAAAUUCUUGGAGUCUGAUCUGCUCUGAUUUUGGUUUUACUGUUCGUCACAAUAAGAAGUUCACUGUCAUACAUGUCCCUUUGCGCUCCUCUAAGAGAGUAGGAGUGUAUGUUGACAUGUCGGCUGGCACGCUGUCCUUCUACAGCAUCUCUGACACACUCACGCACUUACACACAUUCAGCUCUACAUUCACUGAACCUCUCUAUGUUGGAUUUGUAGUUUGUGAGGGUUCCUCUGUAUCUUUGUGUCAUCCUGUGAAAAUCCGGUGAGCUGAAAACCUGACUAAAAAUGUAUUCUCUCACUUCAUAUAUUUGUCCUGACAGUUUCCCAGCAUUUUUUGCAUUUGCAAGACAUCUGGCUGGGUUUGUGUACUUUUACACUCAAGAGAGUCUCCAAUUACAUGAAACAUAUUUGGUGAUUUGUUCUUUGCUAAUUAGGUCCGGAAUUAUGUAAAAUAUUACAUGUUUUGUAUGUGCUCUCAUUGUUCAGUUGUCUAUUUUCAGAAAUGUAGUACCACUUGAUGACUAUGAUCAGAAUAACUUCUCAUGCUACAUUUACAUCUAUUACUUUUUCAUUUUACCUAGUGUAUAUUUAGAGUGAAUGUCAAUAAAGCCUAUCUUGCUUAAA